CAUCAAUCCAUUAAUUUAUUCAAUUCCUUUUAAUUCAGUUCGAUUCAAUCCACUCAUUCGGGUCCUGCUCACAUCAAUCGACUUCAGUCUCUUUAUAUAACAUUCCCCACCCCAAUCUCCACUCUUCUACCUCCCACCCCUCCACCAUGUCCUUCUGGAGAGAAGCCGGACUUAACCUGCGCCAUGUCCUGCCUCGGACUGGCGAAAGCGUCGUUGGUCGCGCUCCCUCAUCGCGAUUUCUUGCCAGCCGAUUCCCUCUUCAAUCUUCGCGCUCCAUGAGCUCCGGUCAUGCUUCCCUACCUUCCCGGAGAUCUCUGGCGGCCCCGCGCAUUCAGUUGUCCGAGCGUAGGAGCUUCUCUGUUACCGCCGGAGUGCAGCACGGUCACAUCACGCCUCCCAAGCCCGGAGAGGAAAUCAACAUCUCGUUCAUUGACAAGGACGGCGCAAAGUAUGACUUCCAAGUCUCCGAGGGCGACAACUUGUUGGACAUCGCACAGGCCAAUGACCUGGAGAUGGAAGGUGCCUGUGGCGGUUCGUGCGCGUGCUCAACCUGCCAUGUCAUCGUCGAGGACGCCCAUAUGUUCGACAAGAUGGAGGAGCCGUCGGACGAUGAGAACGACAUGCUGGAUCUGGCCUUUGGCUUGACGGAGACCUCCCGCCUAGGCUGUCAGGUGGUCAUGACCAAGGAGCUGGACGGCCUGGUGGUUCGGUUGCCGUCUAUGACUCGAAACCUGCAGGCAAGCGAUUUCGAGCCCAAGCACUGAGUCAAGGAAUGUUGUGAAAGUCAUUCGAUUAGAGAACGAUGUAUGAUAUGUCUAGCGUCUACACGGGAGGUUUUUUGUCACGGGUGGCAAGGGAACAUGUUUUCAUUGGGUAUUUCCGAUCUCCAUUCACCAUUUUGAGGCAUGAAAAUACUUGUAAAUAGAGCAUAUCACUUUUAAUGCAGAUUG